CCCGACCUGGCCACUAUCACACCCAUCACCAUCACCACGAAACCACCUCCCCAACCCAACCUCAAUCCACCAUGAGCCUGCAACCCCCCAAAGUCGCCUUCGUGACUGGCGCCAACGGCAUCAGCGGCUACGCCAUCGUCGAGCAUCUAAUCCGACAGCCCAAAGAAGAAUGGUCCCGAAUCAUCGUCUCAUCCCGCCGCCCGCUCCCGGUUCCCUGGAUCGAUCCCCGCGUGGAAUUCGUGGCCGCCGACUUCCUGCGACCAGUCGCGAAACUAAUCGCACAGCUGGAAGAUAUCUGCGCCCCGGUCACGCACGCAUUCUUCACCUCGUACGUGCACGACGAUGAUUUCCGCGUCCUCAAGGACAAGAAUAUCCCGCUGUUCCGCAACUUCCUGGAUGCCGUGGAUGCAGUCUGUCCGGCGUUGCAGCGCGUGAGUCUGCAGACCGGCGGGAAGUACUACGGCGUCCACCUGGGGCCCGUCAAAGUGCCGCUCGAGGAGACCUUCCCGCGCUACAAGGACCAGGGGUAUAACUUCUACUACAACCAGGAGGAUUACCUGCGGGAGGUGCAGGGCCGGCGGGAUACCUGGUCGUAUAAUAUCAUCCGGCCGAAUGCAAUUAAUGGUUAUGCUCCGCAUGCGAACGGCAUGUCCGAGGCACUCACCGUCGCGAUCUACAUGCUGGUCUGCCGCGAGCUCGGCCAACCCGCGGCCUUUCCGGGCAACGAGUACUUCUGGAACUCGAUCGACGACAACUCCUACGCCCCGAGUCUGGCCGACCUCACCGUGUGGGCGUCCACGCACGAGCACUGCAAGGAUGAGGUGUUCAACCAUGUCAACGGCGACGUCUUCGUCUGGAAGCACAUGUGGCAGGAUGUGGCCGAGUAUUUCGGGGUGGAGGCACCGGAGCCGAACUUCGAGAAGGCCUCGGGGCAGGCCAACACCCUCAGUAACGAGAUUGACAUGGUGGAAUGGGCGAAAGACAAACAAGAGGUUUGGGAGAGGGUCGUGCAGGAGUAUGGAGGCAAGGUGGAGGCUUUUGGCUGGGGUACCUGGGGCUUCUUCAACUGGGCGACCGGGAAAUCGUGGUUGACUAUCUCUUCCAUCAACAAGGCGAGGAAGAUGGGUUGGACGCGACACGAUAAGACGUUUGAUACCUGGAUUGAGACGUUCCGGUCCUUUGAGAAUGCCGGAGUUCUACCUUCGCACAGGGCUCUGACCGGGGGAAGGAAUCGGGCAUAGUGGUUUGCUGAGCCCAGCGAUCACUGGACAAAAUAUUCAAGACUGAGCUCUAACCUAGAAGAUGCUAUUUUUGUUGACCGUUG